GUCGAAACGAGUGGGUACGUUUGUGUGUGCGCACCCGCUAAUGUGUGCUGAUAGAGAGAUACAGUAUCUAACUCAGUGGACAAGGUGUCCUUGACUUGAGAGGACACACUUUUGUCUGUGGAACUUGGGCAACGCACAGAUCUUCUCAUAAGUGAAAGAAUGGGUGUGGAAGUAUGGCUGUUUGUGGCAGCAUUGGUGCUGGCGGCUUGGUCAUACUCUCGCCGGCGCCACAGCUACUGGUCAUCCAGAGGAAUACCUUCUCCUCCUGUUCUCCCCUUUCUUGGUCACAUUCAUAAUAUGCUAUCCAUAUUUAAUUUUCGAUGGGUUUAUUUUGACGAGGUAUACCACAAGUAUGGUGGAGCAACAUUAUGCGGUUUAUAUGAACUGUUUCGACCUGUUCUGAUGAUUGGUGAUCCUGACAUUCUCAAACAUAUUUGUAUUAAAGACUUUGAUCAUUUUGUUGAACGUCGACCAUUUCCGGCUGAAAAAGAAAGUCUUAUGAAUGAAAUGUUAAUUAACAAGUAUGGAGAUGAGUGGAAAGCCCUUCGGAGUGCCAUGAGUCCCACCUUCACCUCCGGCAAGUUACGUGGGAUGUUCCCUCUUAUCUGUGACAAAGCUGAUUCUCUCGUCUCUUUCACUCUCAGUGCAGCUUCUAAACAACCUUACGUUGAUAUGAAGGAAAAUUUUGGGAGGUUCACAAUGGACACUAUUGCUUCCUGUGCUUUUGGUAUUGAAUGUAAUUCCUUUAGAGACAAGAAACCUGAGUUUGCUAAAUGGGCAUCAGAUUUCUUUGAUUUUUCAUUUGUAAGGCUAAUAAAAUUUACUCUCUUUAACAUAAGCCCAAAACUCUUUAAUGAUUUGGGAAUUAAAAUGGGUACGUUUUCUGUGGAAUUCUUCCAAAGAGUGGCGGAGGAGACUAUAGCAGCUAGAAAGGCAGGUCAGAAAAGGAACGAUUUCCUGGAUCUCCUUCUGGACGCACAAGCAGGUCAUAACCUUCCUACCACUGCCCAUGUAUCAGCGGCCUCACACACGCAGUCCACCACUGACGACUCUGCUGCCACUGACAACCUUAAGAACAAUUCUCAAUAUUCCAACAGUGAAAACAAAAACAUUUCCACAACUUCUAAACAAGUGCUGACAGACAGAAGCAUUGUGGCUCAGAGUGUAAUGUUUCUGAUCGCUGGCUUCGAUACCACGGCCUCAACUCUUGCCUUCUCAUCGUUCCUGCUCGCCAAGAACCCCAGACACCAGCAGCGUCUCCGCGAAGAGCUGCAGCAGAUAAUUCAGGAACAUGGUGAUAUUACCUACCAGGGCAUCAUGGAAGCCAAGUUUCUUAAUGCUUGUCUCAUGGGUAAGAUACAUGAGUGAGUAAAAUAUGUCAAUUGGUUACUGAUGGAGUGGAAUAAUACACCACAAACAAAAUUGUUUAGAGUGGCAAUUAGUGACUGGCACAAACCACUCUGAUGAAGAAGAAUGUCCUAGUUUUUGCACUUCUUGUCAACCUCUGACACUUUAUUU